AUGGAAACCACCAUUUUUUCAACCCCGGCCACGAUCAGAAUAACGUCCUUUGUGCCGCCAACAGCUCGUUGGCCAAAGUGUAAUCGUCUUACGGUUGUAUCUGUAUUAACACCGUCCACUUCUACUAACGGUUUGAAGACAGAGACUACAAGCAGUUAUAAUACAGUUACUAUUCCAAUAAAGACAGUCUAUAACGACAAUUGGUUUGAUCAUAUUGCCAUUAAUCACCUCUCCAAAGCUGUCCAAGACUCUGCUGAAUUGAGAAACGAGGAGAGCGGGUAUGAGAGCUUGGUGGUGGCGGCCAGAGCGGUUUUCCGGAGCUUUGACCCGAUCAAACAACGCCAACUUGUCGUGAAGGCUCUUCAGACUGCAAUUCCGUGGCCUGUCGCCUUUCUGAUAAAAAAUAUGAUGCCACCUUCCAAGUUCUCAAGGGAGUACUUUGCAACCUUCACCACUAUCUUCUUCCCGUGGCUUGUUGGUCCUUGUGAGGUAACAGAGUCUGAGUUUGAAGGGCAUAAAGAGAAAAAUGUUGUCCACGUAAAGAAAUGCAGGUUUCUAGAAUCGACUAAUUGUGCAGGAAUGUGCACUAAUCUCUGCAAGAUGCCGUCACAAGAGUUCAUCAAGAACUCUUUUGGCAUCCCAAUCAACAUGGUUCCUAAUUUUGAUGAUAUGAGCUGUGAGAUGAUCUUCGGACAGGAGCCUCCAUCACCACAAGAUGAUCCGGCGUUUAAGCAACCAUGCUACAAACUAUGUGAUGUGAAAAACAAGCAUGAUACAAGGUGCAUUAGCUGA